AUGAGCACGACACCUAUUCAGCAAAUCAUCACUCCUGGGGCGGCGGCACAACGAGCCCUGGCGCCCACGCCGUCGUCGUCGUCGCAAUCUGGGAUCCCCAGACUCAAUGCCAUUUCGUCAUCGUCCACCAAGAGCGUGCCUGCCUUCCUCAACAAGCUGUACAACAUGGUCAAUGAUCCCUCCACCAACGAUCUGAUCCACUGGUCCGAGGACGGCACCACCUUCGUCGUACCCAGGCACGAAGACUUUGCCCGUGAGGUCCUGCCCCGCUUCUUCAAACACAACAAUUUCUCGAGCUUUGUUCGCCAGCUCAACAUGUACGGCUUCCACAAAGUCCCACAUCUCCAGCAGGGCGUGCUCCAUUCCGACGGCGAAGGCGAGAUUUGGGAGUUUGCAAACCCCCACUUUCAGCGGAACCAGCCGGACUUGAUCUCGCUCGUCACGCGCAAGCGCGGAAGGGAUAGCGACGAUAAGGAAAGCCACGGCCACGGCACGAUCGACUACAACCAGAUCAUGGCCGAGAUUUCCGCCAUCAAACGCCAUCAGAUCACCAUCUCCACCGACCUCAAAAACAUCCAAAGGGACAACCAGCUGCUCUGGACCGAGACCAUUGCCACCCGCGAGCGCUACCAGCGACAGCAGGAGACGAUGGAGAAGAUCAUGCGCUUCCUUGGAUCCAUGCUGACCCUGAAGAAGGACGCCAUUGUGCCCAAGAAGAAUCCGCUCCGACUGACUGCCCGUGAAACAACGGCCUCGCCGCCCAUGGCUUCCAGUCGCGCAAACUUCCUCGAGCCGCUUGGUGGAUCCGCGUCACUGGAGCGAGGAGAUGGCCGCGAUACGGCGACAGCCGGAGGCUUUGGUAAGUGA